GGGAUAUGCUUUGCCUCAUGUCUUCUGCCGGUCAUUGCUUUGUGCUCUACAGUCUCCAUUCUCUCAGUUCCGACGCAAACAAACCAGCUGAAGACGGAGAACAAAUAGACUUUAGACUUUCUCUCGUCGACGACAACAUUGAUAAUGGAGAAUUAGAGGCUGAGUUGAAGCUUUUUGUAACACAUCGAUUGGCGAAGGGACUAGCGUUUGAUGGUAGUGGAAUUGCAACGGUUUUUGAUUCCAAGUCAUCAAUUAUGUGCUACUACUGUUGGCUGCAAUUGGAUGAAAUGACUGCAACUACCGAGUCAAAUCAAAAGACGAGUGUGAAGGACGUGAAACCGAACGGGUUUGUUGUCUGCUUUCUGUCGUCAUUAGGACUCGAUCUGUUUUGUUCCGAGUUGAACGCAUAUUGUGGAAAAUUGAGGCAUCUGUUGAUGAAUUGUAGAAAUGUAGCAAUUACCGAGGAAGUGAAAGAUGUCCUCACUAACUGGUACGACCGAAACGUACUUUAUUUGUGCCGUUGCGUCCAGAAGCUUAGAGCUGGACUUCCUUCCAUCAUAUACGCUGCUUUGAUGGGCAUUGCUGUUGAUAUCAAUGGUGGUAGUAGGUGUGAUGAGGAUGACAUCACGAGAUUUAUAGACAACUGCAGUGUAUCUGCAUUACUGCAAGACAAACAUCAAGUUGACGUGGCGACUGUUCCUUCGACUUCACUGCUUGUUGAUUUGACUGGCGGGCAAGAAGAGUCGGACACGUGCAAGAGUCUUACUGUGACAGUUUUGGAGUCAGCUUUUAAAGUGUCAUCAAAGGAAACCAAUAAAUUCUGUAAGAAUUGGUCGAUUGAGAUGCAAGGCGAUGAAGAAGAGAACAAGCCCAGAUAUCUGCGGCAAGUUGUCGAGAGCUUCAAACUGAAAGUGAUUCAAGACUUGAACAAUCUCAAGAGGCUCAUCAGACAAGCAGAAAUCGAUCACUACGCUUUGUUUAGAUCUUUCAUUUUUCUAAGAGAGUGUGGAAAUGCUUCUCCUCUACUUCGACUGUGUCGUCAAGAGACACAGGCACCAUCAGCAGUUGACGCUCGUAACAUACUCGACAUUCUUGAAGAACACAUGCAGAGAGAAGGAAUCGUAGCACAGACAACUAGACGCAACGAUGUUGCAUAGUUUUUUUUACAUAGAAGCGUACAGUAAAGUAUUAGAGUAUAGAGUUGAAAUAGUGUUGACUAGAAACAAACAGCUACAAUGCUAUGCAAAUCUAAUUACCAGUUUGAAGUGUUGGGUUGUCAGGGCAUG